CAAGUCUAGGGUUCGAUUUUCCCAUUUGUUUUAAGUAGAACUGUAACUUUCAUUUUCUUUUUUCCAACCUCAAUCUAUGGAAUGUUUUCCUUCUUUAAGAUUAGUUUAGAAAAGUCAGUUUAGAGCUAUGCAAUUUGUAUGAAGCCCUACUUCAUCAAGAAUAUAAUUAAUCACCGGAGAUGGUAAAAUAUUUACUUCAUCAAGCUAAAAAGAGAAAAAUUUAGUAAAAAUGUUGGAGGAUAGUGAUGAGACUGGAUGCAAUUCCAAGACAAGUUCUAAUUUUAAGAAAAAUGAGGAUGAAACGGAGGAGAACGGUUCGAGCAAGUUUAAGGAUAGAGGAAGCUCAAGCGACAGUACACUUGAAGAGAGCGAAAAGAAGCCCUAUGUGAGACCUUAUGUUCGAUCCAAGAUGGCUAGACUCCGCUGGACACCUGAUCUCCAUCUCCGUUUUGUUCAUGCUAUGGAAAGACUUGGUGGACAAGAUCGAGCAACACCAAAGCUAAUUCUUCAAAUGAUGAACACCAAUGGACUUAGCAUUGCUCAUGUCAAGAGCCAUUUGCAGAUGUAUAGAAGCAAGAAGAUGGAUGGCCAAAGUCAAGGGAUUGGACACCAUCACAAGCUUUUUAUGGAAGGUGGAGAUCCAAAUAUUUUCAACUUGAUCCGAUUCCCAAUGUUCCCUGCUUAUUAUCAGAGGCUCAAUUCAACUUUUAGGUAUGGAGAUGCUUCUUGGAAUUGUCAUGGUAAUUGGAUGCCUACAAUGGGGCAAACUACACUAACCGGGACAGGAAGAGGAUUGUACACUACACUGAAUCAUUUAUGUACAAGGAUUCCCUCUUUUCCUGAAAUUAAAGAUGUACUGGGAUCAUCCAGAGGAAACCCUAGUGAUGACCUCAAUAGGUUGUUUAACAUAGCUGCAAAAUCUCAAGCAAGGGCUUUUGAUGGAAAUGGAAUUGCUUCUUCUCCAGAUUUGGAAAGAGCCAUAACUCCUUUGAAAAGGAAAGUUUCAGAGUGUGACCUUGAUUUGAAUUUACAUCUAGGGGUAAGGCCAAGGAUUGAAGAAUCAACAAACUAUGAUGAUAAUGAUAAUGGGAGUAGCUUAUCAUUGUCAUUGUCUUUGUCAAGGGCUACGAGGUUUAUAGAAGAUGCUAAUAUUGAUGCAACAACAGAAAAUGCAAGAAGAGGGACAAGUACUCUGGAUCUGACUCUAUGAAUGAGGACAAUAUUCUAAGUGAGAUCUUGAGGUACUUGUGUCAUAUUGUUCACAAUGUCUUUAGUACCAUAUACUAGUAGUAGUAGCAGCAGCUAACAUUGCUACUACUAUAUAGCACUGUUGGUUUUUAUUGUCUCUAUGUUAUCAAAUACAAGUAUCUCUUAACAAGAUAUUAUCUACUUCAUUACUUGAG